UCACAGUCCAAAAUAGAAUAUUUUCUUGAUAAAAUACUUACAUUACCUAAUGUGUCAGAUGAAGACAGAGAAAGCAUCAAUGAUCCCAUCUCUUUAGGUGAGGUUUUAGCAGCCCUUCAGUCUAUGCCCUCCAACAAGUCACCUGGGGCCUCAUGUAUAAACGGUGCGUACGCACAAAAAUGUUGCGUAUGUCCGUUUCCACGCACACGUUGAGAUGUAUAAAAAUUAAACUUACCACUACGCACAUUCUCACGGCAGCUCCAUACAUGGCGUACGCACAUUUCUGCUCGGUUUUGUACACGGACGGCACCCAGUGGUAAGUCAUUGCUACUGUGGUUUCCCUUUUUAAACUCACAAUCAUGACACUGACUUCAUUCAAUACAGCGACAAUACAGUGACAUUAAUUGUAUGUUGUUUACAAAUGUACGGCACAUGAUUUUGAACAUGCAUCUCAUUAAUGCAGGAAUCGGCGACUCUGGGCCAGCAGGGGGCGCAGCAGGAACCGCUGACUCUGGGCCAGCAGGGGGCGCCGUGUUGGCCUGAGCUUUGCGGGGUGGCGCAGCAGCCGCCAGGACAGGCAGAUCAGGCACGGGCAGGACAGGCAGAUCAGGCACGGGCAGGACUGGCAGAUCAGGCACGGGCAGGACAGGCAGAUCAGGCACGGGCAGGACAGGCAGAUCAGGCAUGGGCAGGACAGGCAGAUCAAUUAUAGCCGCCAGGGUUGGCGGCAUAAAAGCGGGCAUUGUCCUUUUAAGAUCCUUUAAGAUAGUGUCUCACAUCACCCCGGCUCCUUGGUUAGCCACGCGGACUUCCCGGUAGUAGUAAGCCGCAAGUGGCGGCCACUCGGUACCGGUGAAACGGGUUUGGAGUACCUGCAUGCGGGACAUGGCGGCGGUGAUGUCCUGGGUAAACCCUGCCGGGUUUCUGAUUGAAAGAGGUACCUCCCAAUUUCCAGCGGGGAGAGAAACGGCGAGAAAGAUGGACCGGAGGAAAAUUGCCGGGUCUUCGUUCUGUUGUUGCUCACUCCGCCUCUUCUUUUUCCUCCAGCUUGUGACUGUCUGCAGAGGUAGGGUUAUAUCUUAUCGCUGCUCUCCGCUGAGAGACAGCGGCAGGAGCCUUCUCUCCAUCACCCUUUCCAACAGUUGCCUGAGGUUAUGGAGUACCUUGCCUACGAGGUGCACGUUCCUGGACGGAGACAUCCUCUGCAAAAGGGUUCCUCUCCAGCUGGCCAGAUUCAGUGCCACGGGGUCCUCCUGAAGCAGACCGAGGCGUUGAUCCUCGGUCUGGGGAAGCGCUUCUUCUUGUCGGUAAUUCUGUUGUGACCGGUGGCAGGCACCUUAUUAUUAUAUUAUAAUAAUUAUUACAAUUGUAUACAUAAUUAUGGUCGGGGGGUGGCUGUGAGCUCAUUCACGUAUGUAAAAUUUCACGCUCAUUGGGAUUCAUAAAAGGAAUGUGCUGACGCACAGUUUUUUGCAUAUGGAUAUGUUCUUGCGUACGCACAUUCCUAGUUUUAUCUGUACGCCAUGUUUUAGUGUGAAUGCCCUUACAGGAUACAGCUGCCACAUGCUCUGAGGUUGCCUGAUGGGGAGCUGUAGCUUGGUGCAAUGCCUUUACGGGAUACAGCUGCCACAUGCCCUGAGGUUGACUGAUGGGGAGCUGUAGCUUGGUGCAAUGCCUUUACGGGAUACAGCUGCCACAUGCCCUGAGGUUGACUGAUGGGGAGCUGUAGCUUGGUGCAAUGCCUUUACAGGAUACAGCUGCCACAUGCCCUGAGGUUGCCUGAUGGGGAGCUGUAGCUUGGUGGAAUGCCUUUACAGGAUACAGCUGCCACAUGCUCUGAGGCUGCCUGAUGGAGAGCUGUAGCUUGGUGGAAUGCCUUUACGGGAUACAGCUGCCACAUGCUCUGAGGUUGCCUGAAUUACCUACAGAGAAACUGAAACUUGCCUUUGGCACCUUGUAGACCAAAAGGCGCCAAAGAAGCCUUAUCCAUGUUGGUAUAUGCAGGCUGUGAAUUUUCUGGGAAGUUCCGCUUUGUCAAUCAGGUAGUUGAAAAGCAGCGGUGCCCUUUAGGAAACUGUCAACAAUCUUGCCCAAGCUCUUGACUUGUUUUUCUGUCACCACUGGAAUCAGGGUCUAUCCCAGGGUAAAGGGGAACCGAUCGGCUAUUCCUCCCUUUUUCAGGGCCGGGAACCAGGACUUAGCUGGUUUAAAACUAAUCCUCACCCAUGAGAUGAGUGACUCCAGCCCUUGAAGGAGUCAUCUGCUUCCAGGAACAGAUGUACACAGACAUACAUUCUCAGUAUAACCGGUCUCUCCUCCCUGUCUGCCAUUUACAUAAUCUCUAUCUGCAACAUGAAAAUGUAGGAUUGUAGCUUGUUUGGGGAAAAAAAAAUGUCCAUAACAGCUAUACUCAUAAAAGCUAAACAAGCGGGAGCAGACUUACCAUAAGGGAAGAGUAGGGAGCCUUGAAAACUAGGACCCCAUGAAGACUGAAUUUCCAGAAGUUACAUUUAACAAUAUAACAUAAUCUGAUUAUGUGAAUGACAGUAACAUGCAUGUUAUUUACAUUUUUAGCGAGUUUUCAGGAUAGACAAAGUACUUUGAGACUUUGCGCUACCCAGCUUUCUUUUACCACUGGAGUCCACCGAUUGUUCACUGCCAAGGAAACUGGUACAAAGUAGCCUAACAAGAGGAAAAUGGCACAAAGAUACAAGACUAACAUUAGACUAACAAGACUAACACUCUGACAGGUAUGUUUUACUGCUGGCACCCCAUCUUUUGAUUGCAAUAUCAUUGUUGUUCCAUUGUGUCCAAUGGCCCACUUAGGAGGUCCCCUAUUCUUGUCAGCUUAGGUCCCCCAGAGGAGUUAGUCCACCCUUGUAAACAAGCAUUGCGUUUGUUACCUAUAUAAUUUCCCACAAUAUUGUAUUUACUUCAUGAACUCCAACUCCACUGUUUGCCCAGUCUGCUCUUCUCAGUCUGGCCUCAGUCCAAAACCACACCUGCUGCAGCCUGAGAAGCAGGAAGUUCCUCCCACUGUCACACACAGACGACUGUGAGAGAAAACGAAACUAAAUCAUAUCAGUGUUCGUGGUAAAAUGGCACACGCCAGCUCAGCACUGGAUCCAAACCAGUUUAGCUGUGCAAUCUGUCUGGAUUUACUGAAGGAUCCAGUGACUAUUCCUUGUGGACACAAUUACUGUAUGAGCUGCAUAAAGAGCUGCUGGGAUCAGGAGGAUCAUGCUGGAGUUUACAGCUGCCCCCAGUGCAGACAGACCUUCACACCCAGGCCUGUUCUGGGCAGAAACACCAUGCUGGCUGAAGUGGUGGAGAAACUGAAGAAGACUGGACUACAAACACCUACUCCCACUGACCAUUAUGCUGGACCUGGAGAUGUGGAGUGUGAUUUCUGUACUGGGAGAAAACACAAAGCUGUCAAGUCCUGCCUGGUGUGUUUGGCCUCUUACUGUGAAACUCACCUCCAGCCUCACUAUGAGUCUCCAGCUUUUAAGAAGCACAAGCUGACUGAUGCCACUGAACGUCUGCAGGACAAAGUCUGUUCCCACCAUGACAAACCCCUGGAGGUCUACUGCCGUACCGACCAGCAGUGUAUCUGUUAUCUCUGUAUGAUGGAUGAACACAGAGGCCAUUAUACAGUCUCAGCUGCUGCAGGACGGGCAGAGAAACAGAAACAAAUAGGGGAAACAGGGAGAAACUUUCAGCAGGGAAUUCAGAUGAGAGAGAAGGAGCUGCAGGAGCUGAGACAGGCUGUGGGCUCAAUCACAAGAUCAGCACAGUCAGCAGUGAAGGACAGCGAGAAUAUCUUCACUGAGAUGAUACGCUCCAUUAAGAAAAGACGUUCUGAUGUGACAGAGCUGAUCAGAGAUCAGGAGAAGGCUGCAGUGGAUCAGGCUGAAGGACACAUGGAGAGACUGGAGAAAGAGAUUGAUGAACUGAAGAGGAGACACUCUGAGCUGGAGCAGCUUUCACACACAGAGGAUCACAUCCAUUUCCUCCAGAGGUACCAGGGUCUUCCUGUCACCCCUGAAGCUGGAUUUGGACCCAGAAUCUCCGUCAGUCCACGCUGCUCUUUUGAGAACAUGAGGAAGGUGGUUUCUGAGCUGAAGGAGAAUGUUUGCGAAAAGAAAAUGGCAGAGAUCCAUCAUAAAGGUGUCACGUUUUCGCUGAAUGCGGUUACCAAAGACACCGUCCUACCAGUAUUAGUGCCCAGGACCAGAGCAGAAUUCUUACAAUAUUUCUGUCGGCUCACUCUGGACCCCAACACAGCAAACAGACACCUCCACCUAUCUGAGGGGAACAGAGUGGUGACAUGGAAGACAGAGAUACAGUCAUAUCCUGAUCACCAGGAGAGGUUUGACUCAUGGUUCCAAGUCCUGUGUACAGAGGGUCUGACUGGGCGCUGCUACUGGGAGGUUGAGUGGAGCGGGAUCGUGGUCGGUAUAGCCGCCACAUAUAAAGGGAUCAGCAGGAAAGGAAGGGGUGACAACAGCAUACUUGGUUAUAAUAACAAGUCCUGGCGUUUUUACUACAGAUCUUCCAGUUACUAUUUCAUUCACAAUAAUGAGGAAACUGCAGUAUCUGGUCCCCCCUCCUCCAGGAUAGGAGUGUACCUGGAUCAUGGGGCAGGAACUCUGUCCUUCUACAGUGUCUCUGACACAGUGACCCUCCUGCACAGGGUCCAGACCACGUUCACUGAGCCCCUCUAUCCUGCGUUUGUGCUUUGGAGCAGUACAGCCAAACUGUGCUGACUAUGUUAAUAGGUAGUUGAAAGUGUCUCAAAAAUACUAAGUAAUUAAAACUAGACAACAUGGUAAGUGGCAGUAAAAUGUUUGCUGUCAGCUCUGUGAAAUACAGAAUGGACCUUCAUUUUAUCCCAGUGAACCAUCAAACCACACCAUUAGGGUGUCCUGGAGGACACCCAUACCGACAUGGGCAGAAUAUUCAAACUCCACACACACAGAGCCUGGGGUGGCAACUGUGGGGGGAAAUCAGAGUACCUGGAGGAAUCCCCAUACCGAUAUGGGGAGAAUUUGCAAACUCUACACACAUGAAACCCUGGAAGAGACUUGAACCCAGGUCCCACAGGUGUCAGGUGACAGUGCUAACCACUGCUCCACCCCUAUUAUUGGCAUUAUUAUUAUUAAUAAUAAUAGUAAUAACAAUAAUAAUAAUAGUAAUAAUAAUAAUGUCAUCAUUAUUAUUAUUCACUACAUUCAUUCAAUCACAGAGCUCAAGUCACAUUCACAGUCACAUUGCAUAUCAUAUUAAUAAGUUAAAAAGAUUUUCACCUAAAUUGAGUGCUACAAAACAAAUAAAGAGUAAAGAAGUAAUCAGAUUCCAAUCCAAUCCACCUUUAUUUGUAAAGCACUUUAAACAACCUUAUGGACCAAAGUGCUGAACGGAAGAAUAAAUAAAAGAGAAUAGUUGCAUAAGAAGUAAAAGAGAUUAAAACAUUCAUGCACUUAAAAAUGCAAAUGAAAUAAAUUAAAUAAAAACCAAAUCAAUAAAUGUGAAUAAAAGGCAUCAAUAAAAUAAAUAAAGAAAGAAAAGGCUAAGAUUAAGAUCAAAUUAACUCACAAAGUGUCAAAGUCCAAAGAGGAGAGAUGAGUUUUAAGAAGAGAUUUAAAAAAAAAAAGAUUCCAGGAAACAGAAUUGCAUACCUUUAAAUCUGGUUGUAUUUAGUCUGUCACAUGUAGGACAAGGUUAGUGACUCCAAAUACAGAAACAGACUGGAAGACCGGCAAAUGAAGAGGUUAACUGGAACAAACAACAGGAGGCAACAGGGCAACCAGGCUUUGAAGAAACAAGAUGGACAGACUGAGAGAAACCCCUCUUGGCUCUGGGACUUCUCCCAAGGAACCCUCACAGUUCUGGCACCCAAACCCAGACAGGGACCAACAGAAAAGACGAGGACUGACCCUAUAGGACAGACUCAGAACAAACACAACAAGGCAAUUAACAAGGCUGGAGCACAUAAGUGCAGACAUGGGUAGAGGUUCAAUGACUGAAAUAGGGUUGCAAGAAACACUGGGCUUACAGUAACUAACCAUAGGUGAUUGGUCCAUUGGUUGUAGGAGCACUGCCACAAACUGGCUAGACUGGUCUGAGGAGCAUGGUGGAACUGCUCCAUGGUACCCUCUGCUGGUCAGCCAACUGGUGGCAUGACAAUCAAUUGUGGAAAACGGGGAAACAAUGAACAUGAAAAUAAAUAUAAAUAUAUAUAUAUAUAUAUAUAUAUAUAAAUUAUACUGAUGUCAUAAUGCAUAUCAGUCAUUCAUUGAUAGAAAUAUAAUAUUCAAGACAGUCAAGUCUUAUGAAAAAUUUUAAGUAUGUAGUAGGUAGGUACGAUUUCCUUUAAAUAACAAUGGGUUUAUUCAGUAAAUUGCACACAAUAAUUCAUUGAAUGAAAUGAAAUGAAUCAAAAGAAAUUCUCUUGUCAACAUGGUGAUUUAUUUUUUUGGAGAGAUUAAAACCAGUAUGGAUUCCUUUGUGCUUUUGCCAUGUACAGUACCGAGAUGAACAGCUAAUGAUGAUUAAUUUAUUGGGAUAAGUUUUUAAAUCUUUUAUGUGUUGUAUCCAGUUUUAAUUUGGAAAACCAGCAAAUUAAUAAAUGUUUUAGCAGUUUACGAA